CUUCAGCAGAAACAGGCCUUUAAAAGUAAAAAACAGCAGAACCUUACUUGUGAAGGAGACCCCAUCCUGCUGAAGUGCUCCUAUCAGGGAACGGAAUACAGUCUUCAGUGGUACAAACAAUAUCCAGGGAGUCCGCCAGAAUUCAUUAUGUUACUGACUAUAUCAGGGGAUGAAGCAAAGGAUAAUUUCAAAAUGACUCUGGACACAGAUGAGAAAACCAUCUCUUUGUAUCUGAAGAACACCCGACUGAAGGAUUCAUCUGUCUAUUUCUGUGCAGUGAAGCAUAGUGGUGUCCGGUGCCAGGACCGAGUGGAGCAGAAGCCUGUGGAAGUCAUCAAAGAAAGAGAGGAUUCCACCAUUGCCUGUCAGUUCACCUCCAGUAAUGUCUAUUUCAUGCACUGGUACAGGCAAUAUCCAGGAAAAAGCCCUGCGUUUCUCCUUACGGUUACAUCGGUGGGAUUGGAGACCCGCGAACACUUCAGUGCCUCUUUUGACAAGAAGGAGAAGGAGAGUCAUUUAAGCAUCACAAAGGCGCAGAUGAAAGAUGCUGCUGUCUAUUUCUGUGCGGCCAACAGAAAGACUUCUGGCUUAAAG